AUACUGGGGUGCAAGGGAGAAAGAAAAAAAAACAUUUGGGGAUGAGGUAGUUGGGUGGCUAUUUACAGAUGGGCAGAUGUACAGGUGCAAUGAUCUGUAUGCUGCUCUGACAGCUGAUGCUUAAAGUUAGUGAGGGAGAUAUGAGUCUCCAGCUUCAGUGAUUUUUGAAAUUCGUUCCAGUCAUUGGCAGCAGAGAACUGGAAGGAAAGGCGGCCAAAGGAAGUGUUGGCUUUGUGGGUGACUAGUGAACUAUACCUGCUGGAGCGCCUGCUAUGGGUGGGUGCUGCUAUGGUGACCAGUGAGCUGAGAUAAGGUGGGGCUUUACCUAGUAAAGACUUAUAGAUGACCUGGAGCCAGUGGGUUUGACGAUGAAUAUGACGCGAAGGCCAGCCAACGAGUUCAUACAGGUCGCAGUGGUGGGUAGUAUAUGGGGAUUUGGUGACAAAACGGAUGGCACUGUGAUAGACUACCUCCAAUUUGCUGAGUAGAGUGUUGGAGGCUAUUUUGUAAAUUACAUUGCCGAAGUCCAGGAUCGGUAGGAUAGUCAGUUUUACGAGGGUGUGUUUGGCAGCAUGAGUGAAAGAUGCUUGGUUGCGAAAUAGGAAGCUGAUUCUGGAUUUUAUUUUGGAUUGGAGAUGCUUAAUGGGAGUCUGGAAGGAGAGUUUACAGUCUAAACAGACACCUAGGUAUUUGUAGUUGUCCACAUAUUCUAAGUCAGAACCGGGCGGGCAGGUGCAGGCAGCAAUCGGUUGAAUAGCAUGCAUUUAGUUUUACUUGCAUUUAAGAGCAGUUGGAGGCCACGGAAGGAGAGAUGUAUGGCAUUGAAGCUCGUCUGGAGGUUUGUUAACACAGUGUCCAAAGAAGGGUGGGAUAGUAGUCCUGUUAUGUGGACGUUUUGUUCCUAUAUGUUGUUGGGGAUUAUAUCUAUCUGAUAAUCAACUCAAGGCUUUUCGCAGUGGACAUUUAAAUACAGAUUAAACAUAGGCUAGUCCGGGACAAAAAUACAUGCUCUGUGCCGAAUUUCUAUUGAAAUAUUUUAUUUGUUCAGGACUAGGCUUAGCCUAAUGUCUCGUGAUCAGAUUGUGUGCAGAUGACAAAAUUACGCAAGAGUUUACUUCAUGGUUAACAGAGAUUCGGGUUUAGCCUAAUCUGUGUCUGAGAUACCGGUCCUAAAGGUUUAAAGCCUUCAUAAGGUCAUUGUUCUCCAUCUCUCUCUUAGUUUCAUAGAGAAGAACUUGGCUUCGGCUCGCAGCAAAAUGUACCAACUAAAUGACAAAACAUAAUGUGUCAAUCCCUUAAUUUAUGCUGUGCAUUGGAAUAGACUAUUACAUGAAACACACUUUAGAUGCAUUUUCAGUUUUGAGAUAGAUUAUAAUGAGUCCAAUAAGCCAUGAGACCAUAGCAGUAUAAACAUUGCUGUUGUAAGGCAGCACCAUGUGUUUUGGCACUCAGGAAAUUGGAGACUGCUGUAUGUGUUCAAGGAUGUGGUAACAUUUGGGCGGUACUGAGGCUUUCACUUCCUUCAAUGUGGCCAACUGUUUACAAUUCUCCUGCAAUGGUUUCUUCAAAAUAAGUGGUUAAUUCGAGUAGGGUCCCACCCUGCGUUUGACAGUACAAUGAGCACAUAGUGAGAUACUCUUGAGCAGUAUACUCCCAUUACCAUUCUGUGACCUGAGACAGAAAAUGAAAUAAUCUACUGAGGUGACAUCAUUGACUCAGCAAAUGAACAACUCAAAGAUAUGCGGGUCAACACCAGCACCAGCUGUCAGAGCAGCUCACAGAUUACGGCACCUGUACAUAGCCCAUCUAUAAUUUAGCCCAAUCAACUACCCCUUCCCCUACUGUAGUUAUUUAUUUAUUUUUGCUCCUUUGCACCCCAUUAUUUCUAUCUCUACUUUGCACAUUCUUCCACUGCAAAUCAACCAUUCCAGUGUUUUACUUGCUAUAUUGUAUUUACUUCGCCACCAUGGCCUUUUUUUGCCUUUACCUCCCUUAUCUCACCUCAUUUGCUCACAUUGUACAUAUACUUAUUUUUCUACUGUAUUAUUGACUGUAUGUUUGUUUUACUCCAUGUGUAACUCUGUGUUGUUGUAUGUGUCGAACUGCCUUGCUUUAUCUUGGCCAGGUCGCAAUUGUAAAUGAUAACUUGUUCUCAACUUGCCUACCUGGUUAAAUAAAGGUGAAAUUAAAAUAUUUAAAAUUAAAACUCCUCCCCUUAGUAAGUGUCACACCCUGACCAUAGUUUGCUUUGUAUGUUUCUAUGUUUUGGUUGGUCAGGGUGUGAGCUGAGUGGGCAUUCUAUGUUACAUGUCUAGUUUGUCUAGUUCUAUGUUUGGCCUGAUAUGGUUCUCAAUCAGAGGCAGGUGUUAGUCAUUGUCUCUGAUUGGGAACCAUAUUUAGGUAGCCUGUUGGGUUUUGUGGGUGAUUGUCCUUGUUCCUGUCUCUGUGUUUUGCACCAGACAGGGUUGUUUUUGGUUUUCCACAUUUAUUGUUUUGGAGUGUUCGUUUAUAUCUUUGUUUAUUAAACAUGAAUCAAUAUAAUCACGCUGUGUUUUGGUCCGCCUCUACUUCACCCCAAGAGAACCGUUACAGUAAGUCAUACAAGGUAUCUUUUCUAAGCUGAAUCUGGCACCAUGCCACAGAUGCAGGUCAAAACCCAAGUUGCAAAAGUCCUCAAUAAAACCACACCAGGGCUGCAGAUAUGGAGAAUAGAGGACAUGGAGAUGGUGCCCUUCUCUUCUAAAGCAUAUGGACAAUUCUAUGAAGGUGACAGCUAUGUCGUUCUAUACACCAAUAAGAUGCGUAGCUCGUUCACCUACGACCUCCACUAUUGGCUGGGAAAGGCCACCUCCCAUGACGAGCAGGGGGCGGCGACCAUCUACACCACUAUGAUGGACGAGCACCUGGGAGGCAUGGCUGUGCAACACCGUGAGGCACAGGGCUAUGAGAGCGACACCUUUCGUGGAUACUUCAAAAAGGGCAUCAUCUACAAGAGUGGCGGCGUGGUGUCUGGGAUGAAGCAGGUGGAGACCAACACCUACAACAUCUGCCGCCUGCUCCAUGUCAAGGGAAGGAAGCAUGUGGUGGCUGGAGAGGUGGACAUGAGCUGGAGCAGCUUUAACAAGGGGGAUGUGUUCCUGCUUGACCUGGGCAACCUCAUCAUCCAGUGGAACGGACCCAAGAGCAACCGUAUGGAAAGACUCAAGGGAAUGACUCUAGCCAAGGACAUCCGCGACAGGGAAAGAGGGGGGCGGGCGCAGGUUAGCGUGGUGGAAGGUGAUGACGAGAAGUCUUCCGAGGAGGCCAUGAAGCUGAUGAAGCAGCACCUGGGAGAGACGAGACGAGACAUCAGGGACAGCAUCGCGUCUGAUGAUGUGGUCGACCAGAAGCUGAGGUCCAGCGUCAAGCUCUUCCAUAUCUCAGAUGCCCAGGGGAACCUUGUGGUGCAGGAGGUAGCAGUGAAGCCUCUAUCUCAGGACCUGUUGAAUCACGAGGAUUGCUAUCUGUUGGAUCAAGGUGGUAUAAGGAUCUUUAUCUGGAAAGGAAAGAAGGCUUCCAAGACAGAACGGUCCAAGUCUUUGGAUAAAGCAGAAGCAUACAAGAAGGCGAAGGGCUACCCUAUCUCCACCUACGUCGAGACGGUGAAUGAUGGUGCAGAGUCUGCCGUGUUCAAGCAGCUGUUCCAGAGGUGGAGCGUGAAGGGUCAGACUGUGGGGAUGGGAACCACAAACAGUCCAGGCAAAAUUGCCAAGGUUGAGCAGAUCAAGUUUGAUGCUACUUCCAUGCAUGCAAGGCCUGACGUGGCUGCCCAGCAGAAAAUGGUCGAUGACGGAACAGGCGAAGCAGAGGUGUGGAGGUUAGAGGACAGUGAACUGGUGCCUGUUGACAGGAAGUGGUUGGGCCACUUCUAUGGAGGCGACUGCUAUCUCAUCCUCUACAAAUAUGAAGUCGGCAACAGGAGUCACUACAUACUAUACAUAUGGCAGGGUCGCCAUGCAAGCACCGGUGAGCUGGCUGCCUCUGCUUUCCAAGCCGUGAACAUCGACCAGCAGUACAACGGUGAGCCAGUUCAGGUCCGAGUGCCCAUGGGGAAAGAACCACUCCACCUCAUGGCCAUAUUCAAGGGCAAGAUGGUGGUCUAUGAGGAGGGGAGCUCCAGGGCCAACUCUGCACAUGUCCAGCCGGCGGUUCGUCUCUUCCACAUCCACGGCACCAACGAGUUCAACACCCGCGCCAUCGAAGUGCCAGCACGCUCCUCGUCCCUCAACUCCAACGACGUCUUUGUGCUCAGCACUGACACUUGCUGCUAUCUGUGGUAUGGUAAGGGCUGUUGUGGUGAUGAGCGAGAGAUGGGCAAAUCCCUGGCAGACAUCAUCUCCAGGAGGGAAAAACAUGUAAUCGCAGAGGGUCAGGAGACGGCUAACUUCUGGGUAAAUCUGGGAGGCAAGACCCAGUAUGCCAACAGCAAGAGGCUUCAGGAAGAGCACAACAUCACCCCACGUCUCUUCGAGUGCUCCAAUCAGACAGGCCGCUUCCUGGCCAUGGAGGUCACCAACUUUAACCAGGACGACCUGGACGAAGAUGACAUCAUGCUGCUGGACAUCUGGGAUAUGGUGUUCCUGUGGUUGGGCAAGGGAGCUAAUCAAAUAGAGAAGGAGAAUGUGGUCCCCACGGCACAUGAGUACCUGAGGACCCACCCAGGUGGUCGAAAUGUGGACACCCCCAUCGUGCUGGUCAAACAGGGCUUUGAGCCUCCCACCUUCACAGGCUGGUUCCACGCCUGGGACCCACACAUGUGGAGUGGAGGGAAAUCCUACCAGGAGUUGAAGGCUGAGCUUGGGGAUGCCAGCGACAUCAUCCAGAUCACCGUGGACAGAAGCACAUCCAACUCUACUCAAAAGAACUCCAAGAGCAUUGGUGAACCACUGCUGUCCCCCACCGUUGGGGCCACCUUCCCUGCAGACAAGCUGUUGAACCGCCAGACAGAGGACCUGCCCGAUGGGGUUGACCCCACCAAGAAGGAGGAGUAUCUGUCCAAUGCUGACUUUGCUCUGCUCCUGGGUGUGUCCCGGGUAGAGUUCUACUCCAUGCCCACCUGGAAGCAACAGAAUCUGAAGAAAGAGAAGGGUCUGUUCUAGGAGAAGAAUAUCUGCACCUCGGGUCUAAAUUUUUGACAGCGUAAAAUAGCAGCGUGCUGUCGUCAAAUCACACGGUAUCUCCUCAAAUACUCUCUUGGGAAUCGAUUUCAUAGGGAGGUUGGAAUAAUGCAAGAACUACACAUCUUUAAUUCUGUAUCUUGAAUUAGCACCGUUAUUCGUGCAUCCUUAAACUCCAAACAUAUUGCCCCCGCGUGGACUUCAUUCCAAAUUAGAUCCACUAAAACAAAAGCAUAGGGAGAAUAUCGGACAUGGCGAACACUAUCACUGCUUUUUUGCGGUGUCAAAAUUAGGCCCCUCAUGUUUUGUCAUCUAGCCUUGCAAUUCACUCAUUCUCAGAUAACCAACAGUAGGUUGGUUAUCAAAUGACUUGUGCCUUAGGCUUUUUUUUUGUUUUGUUUGUUUCUGAAAUGUUGCUGUUGUAAUUUAAACAAUCAAGUUAUGGAGAGGGAACGUGUAGGGGAUAUGAAUAAUUAUAUACGUUUUGUUAUCUGAGAUUUAUCGUAGGCACAAUAAGUAGCACUUUUCCCCUGAAUUUGCUACUUGUGUCGCCGAAUUCUACCUGGAUAUAUAAUGUAGCUGUCAAGCAUUUAAGACUAAGCAGGAGAUGAUAUUGGUUCUAUACUUUAUUUUCACAAUGAGCCUUAUUAACAUUGAAAAUGUGUCUAAAAUGUUUCUUUGUAAUGGAGGACCGCAAAGGCUUAGUUAUAUGUUGUAGUGCAGAAAUAUAAAGAUGAGUUACUUCAUAUGCUUUAUAAUAUAAAUGUUUAGAUCUAAUGUAUCAAUGAAAUUCAAGAUUGUCAAAUGGGGAUAACUACUGCGGUAUUUAGUUUCUGUCUUUAUAUGAAGACCCUUCAAAUGCCAUGCUGAAUGGCAGUCAAUAAAGAUAAUAUUCCCCA